AGAAGUUUUUUCGAAGUUGAUUUUCGACAACAAGCUAGGAAGAACGUUUUCUUCUUCUAACACAGUCAAAUUCAACGACAUUAUUGAAGCAUUUGACGGAAAGCAGAGGAAGUUCCCUGAAUCCAGAACGCGGUCAAUCUCGACAGCAACAUCGUUCAGAGCGAUAUCGAGAACAUCAACAGGGAAUAUGUUUCAGUACACAAUAAUAUGUAUGUUCUUCCUGAGAACAUGUAGUCCAAUGGAGCCACUGAGUAUCACUGUAUCAUCAGGGGCAUUUUUCAAUGAAAUCAAGGAAGCGAUUACCUACGAUAAGAGCAUCCCUUUAAUAUACACUCAAAAGACAAUAACAGAAGAAUCCAACUUUUCAAAUGACUUAUUGGAAGUAGAAAAAUAUUGUAAAAACAAAAACACAACUUACUGUCAUACUCUAAAACAAUGUUCUUCAUUGUUAAACACUCUUAACUCUAACAUAGACAAAAAUAAAAAAAACAUGGAAAAACUAGAAGAAAUAAGUAACAAUAAAAUCAAAAACUAUAGAACAAGAAGGGGAAUACAAUUCAUUGGGGAUUUUUACAAUUUCUGUUGCAAUAUAGCUACAGAAAAACAAAUAAAACAUUUUUACACUAACGAAGAAAAAUUAAAGGAACAAGCCGAUAGACUUAGAGAUGUUUUCGUAUCAGAUCAUAAAGAUCUAAAUACUAUUACAACCCAACUUAACAACUACACAACAAUAACGGCGGGUAAAUUAGAGAUUCUAAAGAAAAGCUUGGAACAAUUUUACGAAGAAGAAAGGGAUAACGGUUUGUUAGAAAAUGCAAAAAUAGAUAAAGAGAUUAAAGGGAUACAAGAAAUCAUUUUUUAUGUAAUUACAAUGUUAAUAAAAUUCAUAAAUUAUGAAAGGGAAUCAAGUACACACUUACACUGCAAAAUAGGGAAAAUUCCUCCAAGACUCAUUAACGUAAACAUACUAUAUGACGAUUUACGAAAAUUAACAAAAAUAUUAAAAAAGGACGGAUAUGAAUUAGCCAUCUCAACAGACGACAUUUCUUCAUACUACAACAUCCCAAUAACAGAAUGUCAAUUUUCUAAAACAGAGAUUUUAGUAAAAGUAAAAAUACCGAUCCGAGAAAUAAAAACCAAUUGGAAACUUUUUCAAUAUAUCCCUGCCCAUUUUAAAUCAAAUAAUUCAACGUGUAUUAUAUAUUCCGAAAAAACAUACGUAGCGGUAAAUAAAAUAAAUAAUGAACAUAGGAUCAUUUCAGGAAUAGGUCUACAACACUGUGACCCUCCUGUUACAGAUUUAUGUUACAUUCCAAAAUUUUCUUCAGAUAUAUCACUAACGCCAAAAUGUGUCGAAUCAAUUUUCAAAAAUUCACCCCUAAACGAAAUUAACAAAUACUGUUACUUCCAAUGUGUAACACAAGACGAAAAUGACGAUACAAUAAUUAAACAAAUAGGCAUUCAUACUUUCGCAGUUACAAAUCCACAACCAACAUUAUUUAUUAGAAACGGGAUCGGGGAAAACACAGAAAUACAAGAACUAAAAAUUAAUUAUGAACACCCUGGACUAAUUAAAGUAAAGCUACCGUGUGACCACGAACUAUUACAAAAUAAAAAGGUAAUAAUCCCAAAAAUGUAUCCCUGCGAGUUAAUUAAUACAAACACACUAACAAUACAACGAGUGUUACCAAUAUCUUGGACCACUUUAAAAUCUUUAAAAAUUAUACACGAAGAACAAAAGGACAAAAUGUUUUUCACAAAUUUAACUGAAAUACUAAAUCAUGAUUGGAAAAAAAACGUCCCAAACUUUCAUAUAAACAAACAAAUAAAAGACCCCGAAGAAUAUUUCAAAGAAAUUGUUUUAGAAAAAAUGCCACAAAGACUAAUAAAUGACUUUUUGGGAGAUAUUAUGUAUAUUACAUGGCUAUCCAUAUUAACCAUAAUCAUACUAUUUACCAUCUAUAAAAUAUAUCCAAUAAUAAUAGCAGUACAAUUAAUGAUGACAGCACACCAAUUACCCCCCCCCCCCUAUUCCACUUAG